AUGGCACAGCGACAUCCUCAUCAGGCCUCUUUGGAGGGGAUUAUCAAUGUCUCCGCUUCAGGGCCCUUGAUAGCAACCCAGCGUGCCAGGGCCAUGAGGAUUUUCUACAGCAUCGUCGACUCUUUCGGUCCCCCGCCUAGUAACCAAAGACCUUCCGAAUACAGCAGACCACUUCUUGUCCGAUACACCUACGAGUUUUCACGUUCUGAGCUAUCGCAAGACACAUUUCUGCGCGCGUUUUUCGAAUUUAUGAAAUGGGAUAUUGCUGAGGCGGAUGAGGCCAAGUUCAAUAUCAAUCUUGAGAACGAAGCCGUGAAACAUGAGCUGCACACAAAUUUGAAUCUCUUUGCUGAUUUUCUAUUUGAUAACUUUUUCUUACCACUUAAGGCUUGUGGCUUUCAGACCGCCCAGCCCACCCCAGCCCACCUCUCUGUGAUCGAAAAAGCAUUGAGAGGCCCACAGGAGUUUAUUGCGACAACCGACCGAUUAUCUGUUCUUCGAGGUUCCUGUCUAAUCCGGGACCAUAACCGCUGUGUGAUCUCACGUGCUUUUGACGGGAAAGAGGCUCUGACUCGUAUAAGACGAGAUGGAGUUGAUGCUCAGGAUGACGAAGGACACCCGCUCCAUGGACAGUCAAGCACGCUGUUAGAAGUGGCCCAUAUCAUCCCACAUUCCUUGACACAGGCAAAUGCGAAUGCAGAGCUGGACGAUUCGAAGAAAGCCGCGCUCUUGAUCCUGAAGAUGUUCGAUUACGAUGUCUCACACAUCAUAGACGGUGUCAAUAUUGACCGCCCCUUCAACGCCAUGAGCCUUACGCGUGAUCUUCAUACCUAUUUCGGGAACUUUGAGGUCUUCUUUCAGGCUGUUCCUGGCCAAGAUCAUACUUAUCUGAUUGAUACUUUUCUCCCCCAGGGGAUUUUGCACUAUCUUCCUGUCAACCGCUCACUUUAUCUUGCUGCCGACCGGCACAUAGAUGCCCCUUCCCCCCGGCUCCUUGCUAUCCACUGCGCCAUUGCUCAUGUUCUUCACCUCUCUGCGGCGGGGGAGUACAUUGAACAUAUCCUUGGAGACAUGGAAGACUUUGGUGUGCGAGAAGACGGUUCCACGGGACUGGGCUAUCUGGUGAAACUGAGAUUCGGCGGCUGGCUCGAUAGAGGGGACCGGAAAAGGACCGGGAACUGA